AUGGCUAUCUCUCAGACAAACGUACCGAACGCUGCUACGACGUCUCAAACUGUGAUACGUAAUUUCCUCAAGAAGAUCAACCUCACAUUUCCGAACUACAAGAGAGACGCCGAAUUAGAAGCUCGAGUCAAGGAAGCCGUACAACCAUGGGGCAACGCAGACCUCCUUCGCCCUCAUCUCAUCACCGCCAUCAUCCUCACCGUAACAGCAUACAACCACAUCCCAAGCCUCGACACCAGAGUCCAAAUCACCCUCUUCACGACGCUCAUCAUCGCCAUCGACGACCCAGCCGUAUUCAACGCACUCGACGCCCGCACAUUCCUCCUCCAAAUGUGCACAGGCGACAUCCAGCAAAACGCAGGCAUGCUCGGUGAAUUCACCAAGAUCCUAGGCCGCAUGUGGGAGCAUUACUCUGGCUUCUCCGCCAACACGAUAUACGCUUCCGCGCUGCGAUACAUCAAUGCGUCGCUUUUGGAGAACGACGCGAGCGGCGUGCCGUUGUCGCGUGAUGCUCUCCAGUUUGUGGAGUACAAACGGAGCAUGAGCGCCACGACGGAGGCAUACGCUUGCUUCAUCUGGGAAAAGUCCCGGUUCCCCGACGCGAAGGUGUUCAUGCAAGCCAUCCCGGAUGUGAUGCUCUACGUUAGCUACGUAAACGAUAUACUCUCCUUCUACAAGGAAGAACUCGCCGGAGAGACAGACACCUACAUCCACGAGCGCGCAUCCGUCACCGGAAAGUCCGUCCCGGAGACACUCCAAGCUGUCAUCAGCGACACCGUCGCGGCUGUCGAGCGCAUCCGAGACAUCCUGGGUGAAGGAGAAGUGCGGGACGCGUGGGAGAGUUUCGCGGCAGGCUACAUCGGCGUUCACAUGAUUAAUCCCCGGUAUCGCCUCAAGGAUGUGCUCGGAGGGGAAUACCUCAUGGACGCCUCUGCGUUCGCGUAA